UUGAUGUUGGCCUAACGUUUCACAAUGGUAAUGUGUGCUGCUUGACUCGUGAUUAUGGUUUGCUCGAGAGGGGACAAGCCACACCUUCACGGAGGCCCGGGUCUUGCGAAAUGUCAUACGCGAUAAUCAUUGCUCAAAUCUCUUGGACUGUCGGCAAAUAGAGAAGACGUGAAUUUUGGACCAUGUUCUUGCUCCUUGCUGGAGGGGAUAUCAGAGGUUUAGCAUGUAUCGUAGUAUCGGAGGCAUCUUGAGGUCAUUGGGCUCGUCAGGUAAAGAGUCGAUUCCCUCUUGUUCCUACUUGUUCUGAAACGCUGCUAAAGUUGACAGUUUUCGAUUUGGUUUUUGCGCAGCCCCUCCUCAGUAUUUCAUUGCUUCAUUUCGACUUGAUCUUGCGUUGUUUGAUAGCUUGAGGAUUCUUGCGAGGAUCUUGACCGCUUCUCUGUUCAAGUUGGCUCCUUGUCUCUUGGAAAGUUGAUCUUGAUGCAAUUCAACUUGAUUUGGGCAUAUGUACUUCACUCUUGGAGGUGAAAUAGGUGCAUUGGAGGGUCUGGUUGAGUGACAUCUCGCUAUGAAAGGAGGAUGUUCAAACUUCAGAGGAUGUCAUCACGGUCGAUGUCUUGAAUUGACGAAGUUUUCCUUCUGGGUUCUCGAUUGGAUACCGAGGAGCUUCUGAGAGUAUUAGGGUAGUUGAGGCAAGCCGGCGAGAGAGGUCGUGAUACAAGCAGAUGCACACCAGCGAGAAUAUACAGCUUUUAGCGAAGGAUACCGUGUAUACGAACGUGGCGAGAGACGAAAUCCCAUAAACGAGAUCGCCUUUACGUUCAACAUGCUCAGCUCCAGACAGAAAGGACUGUUGAGGAUGAAUAGCACCCCAGAGUGAAGCAAACGUUGGGGUAAAGCGGAAGACUUCGAAAUACGACACGCCGCCAGACCUACCUACCUCGUUCAACAUGCUUCCCGAGAGAUAGGUUUGCAAAUUGAUCAUCGCCAUCCCUUAUCGUGCGCAUUCAUGGAAGCCGUACCCAGACCCCUGGUUUUGAAGUGAAGCGAGACCUAGAUGGAAGAGGCGAGGCGUGGAAGUUGGAUAUCAGAAGUGAUCAAGAAGAACAACGACACUGAAUUGUCGAAGUUCCUCGCGAAUAAGCUGCGGGACGUUUGAGGACUUAACGGAAGCAGAUUUAAUGAGCAGUGAUUUGCCUCCGUAUUCGUAGGCGCGUGCUGCGAGGUUUGGCGAUCGAGUUGGUGCUGAAAACGGACGACGCCCUCGCUUGUCUGUAAUUCAUUCGUUGCUCCCCUAAAAGCUAUGAUGUCUUUACCACCCGCACCUCUCCGCCUUCGUUUCUCUUCCCCUCCUUCAGUCUGCUUGAAGUGAUUCUGUCUUUCCUUUGACUCAUUUCUCUUGCGUUCGUCAUUUUUCACCCUCCCUCGUGUUUCCUGCCUUCGAUACCCUUAGGCGAUGCGUGAAGAAUGACACUUUCUGUUCCCCCUACCCCACCUGUUCGUCCUCGACCUGCACAUCUCGCAACUGCGUCCCGUGAGGCCCGAAGAUGCAAUGACAGCCAUCCGGUCGACAAAUUUCCUUGGGAGGAUUUGAGAAUGUCGCGUCAUGGUUUUCUCGUCGGGGCUGAUUGGGCGAUGACAACGUUUGAUACUCGCAGAAAUGAUCAAUUCUUUGAUCCAAAACGUUUACAAAC